AUGUGUGGCGCGAAAGCGCGAACCAACUUCCAAUUCAAUCCCAAUGAUUCACAAUCAUCUUCCAAGCUUCUCUCCGCCGCGCUGAUAGCGAAAUUACACAAAUGCCAUUUAGCCUCCCUUCAAAUAGCCAAAAAACACAUCCACAAACACCCCGGAUUCGACCCGAGCUACGCCCCAUACGGCGGCUCUCCGACCAGCAUUGUCGGGACCACCACGGACGGGUGGCCGCAAGACGAAACUUGGGUGUACUCCGACGAGGGCCAGACUGAGGCCAAUAACAACAUUCAUCAGCAAUGCCUUCAGCCUCUUGAAGAUGAUCAUAUUGAACAAAUGAUACAAGAGCUCCUAGACCUCGGAUCUUUCGAAAUUAUUACAUAA